AUGUCGCAUCAGUGCUUGCAACCCACCCCCGGGUCUUCUCUAGUGUACCGAGAUAGCAGGAUCUCAAACGCCUCACUCCUUCCCUUCCAACCCCAUUCCAACGCCCCGUGUGUGGUGUUCUCGCUCACCCUUGACCCAAGCCCCCCUCCCAACCUCAACCUCGCCCACUCCCUCCCACUCGUAACCCACAGUCCCGCCGAGACAAUGUCUUCGACCACCCAACCAAGCUUCACAGCCACCUACUCUUCGCCCACCAGCGAGCCCUUCACCGCCUCCCACUCCGUUUCCGCCGAGAUUCACCCGGAGCACCCGGGCUCCUAUCUCGCCGCCCUCCGUGCCGCCGCCGCGUCCGCCCAGGAUGACAUCAAUAGGGAGCUCACCCGCCGUAUGGACGAGGACAAGGCCCGUGAGGCUGGAGCGGCGGCCGGGGCUUCUACUGACGAGGCCAAAGAGGAGGAAAACUAUGGCGAAGAGGUCGUAGAAGAGGACGAGUGA